AACAGGUGAUGGCCCAGAUCUUGAAAGAUAUGGGGAUUACCGAGUAUGAGCCCCGGGUGAUAAACCAGAUGCUGGAGUUUGCAUACCGAUACGUGACGACCAUCUUGGAAGAUGCCAAAAUCUACUCCAGCCACGCCAAGAAGUCGAGCGUCGAUGCGGACGACGUGAAGUUGGCUAUCCAGUGCCGGACGGACCAGUCGUUCACCUCUCCCCCUCCCAGAGAUUUUUUGCUCGAUAUCGCACGGCAGAAGAACCAGAUGCCCUUGCCGUUGAUUAAGCCGUACGCGGGCCCACGGCUGCCGCCCGAUAGAUACUGCCUGACGUCCCCCAACUACAAGCUGAAGUCUCUGCAGAAAAAGGUCUCUUCCUCCGCCGGAAGGAUAACCGUGCCACGGCUGAGCGUCGGGGCCGUCACCAGCAGGCCCAGCACACCAACUUUAGGGACCCCUUCGGCACAGACGGUAUCUGUCUCGACCAAAGUCGGGACCCCCAUGUCACUGACGGGGCAGCGAUUCACCGUGCAGAUCCCCACGUCCCAAACAUCGGUCAAGUCAGCGACUCCUACGACGCCGACGGUGCAGAACGUGCUGAUCAACCCCUCCCUUAUGGGCUCCAAAAACAUCCUCAUCACCACCAACAUGGUGUCCUCGCAGAACGCCGCCAACGAUUCGAACCCCUUGAAAAGGAAGCACGAAGAAGACGACGAUUACGACAACUUGUGAAAAGGGGGGAAGUUCCGGAAGGCCCCGCGGGCUGUCAUCUUUCCAUUUGGGACUGGCGGAAGGGGGGUAUCGCUGGGACCCCGCGAACUGUCUGUGCACGGUUUAAGGCUUGCUCCAUCUCACCUGCUGGAGAAAACCGGCUGCAGCCCUUUUGGCCCACGGGCUAGAGAAGUGUUUAAAGCUGCAGGGCGGGCGGAGGAGCCUCGUCCCCUCUUGCCAGUGCCUGCCCCUUGGUCGUGAAGUCGAUAAACUGGAGCCACUCCUGAUUGCUCUGGGCGGCACCAUUUCAGAAUGCGGGCGGGACGGGGGUGGUAGAGUCAUUUCCAAAGGGUCCCACCACCGACGGGAUGCUCCCCAAAGCACGCUGCCUUUGCGCCCGGAAGGCGUUUUCUCUCUAACUCGAGCAAGUAUUCUGCUGUCCGGUCCCCUAAAUGGUAAACCCCAGCCACCGAGCGAUCACAGAGGGCUUCUGCUUGUGUGUUUUAGUUUCUUUCGCUGUCAGGAGGAAGUUGGAGACUGGGCUUAAAUAGGAGCGUUAACUAAGCGAAUCUCAGGAGGGGGGGGGGCGAUAUACUUUUCUUUGGUGGAAGGAUCAGACAACGCUUCUGAACUUGGCGUGUGCGUAUCCUGACAGUGAGAAUACCCAGAAGCUGUUUAGGCACACAGAAAACCAAGGGACUAUCUUGCGUUGGCACCUGUGGAUAUCUCCAGAAUACAAAUCCUGCGACGUAGCUGCGCUGAAGCUAAAACCGCGCCCAGAUAUUGCUGUGUAAUACGUAUAAAGAUAACAUCAGAAUUAUUCCCAUUUUUUUAAUCUUCCUCAGUUUUGUAACCAAGUUAGGGAAUAUGUGCGUGUGUUUUUAAUUUUAUUCUGGAACGCAAGCCGUGAUCAGUUCUGCCAAUGAACAACCUGGAGCAGUAGGAUUAAGCUAUGAGUGCUACAGUGUUGGGAUGCGUAAGCUAUUUUUUUCUUCUUCUUUCUCAAGAGAGAAUUCUUAAAUAAAAAGACAUUUCCU